UUGAUUUUUUGGAUGGAAAUAACCGAACCUGGGGUAGACCCGUUUGAGAAGUCCAUUUUUCAGCCUUCUAUGGAGCAAUUUGUUGAGGAGACGAAGCAGAAUCAUGAGAAGGAAGACAUUGUAUCAUCGGCCACAUUGGUGAGCAAUGGAUGCGUGGAUAUCAGAGGGAGAGUUGCAGAUAAGCAAACAACUGGAGGAUGGAAGGCAGCUCCAUUUAUCAUAGUGAAUGAGGUUGCGGAGAGAUUAGCAUUUUUUGCAAUAGCAGUGAACAUGGUGGCUUAUCUGGUUUUCGAAUACCACCAGUCGCUUCCAUCUGCUGCCACUCACGUGACCGAUUGGAUUGGAGCUGCCUACGUUCUAACUCUACUUGGAGCAUUUCUCGCCGAUGCUUAUUUGGGUCGAUUCUUAACGAUUAUCAUCUUUUCUUGCAUAUAUGCAGUGGGAAUGGUCUUGUUGACGCUCUCGGCCUCCAUAGACAGCCUACGCCCUCCAUGCACGGCCAGACCAUGCACAAAAGCAACCGACAACCAAUCAGCUUUUCUCUUCGUUGCACUGGCUCUUAUAGCCCUUGGAACUGGCGGUAUCAAACCAUGCGUUUCGUCCUUUGGAGCAGACCAAUUCGACGAAGCUGAUGAAAAAGAAGUCCAGAAGAAAUAUUCGUUCUUCAACUGGUUCUUCUUCGCCAUUAACAUGGGCGCCCUCUUGGGUAUCACACUAUUGGUUUAUAUACAAGACAAGAAAGGAUGGGGCUGGGGUUUUGGAGUUCCUACUGUGGCUAUGGUUUGCUCUAUUGUCAUCCUAGGUGCCGGAAUACUGUAUCGUUACCAAAAGCCCAUGGGAAGCCCUUUCACAAGGUUUCUUCAGGUUAUCGUGGUUUCUGUGAGGAACCAUUUUAAAGGGGUUGGAUUAGGACGUGAAGCUGUCCUAUAUGAGGUCAAUACACAAGAGUCUGAUAUUUUUGGUGCUCGAAAACUUGCUCAAACCAAACAAUACAGGUUCUUGGACAAGGCAGCAGUGGUUACAGAUCCUGAGGGUAACAUUAAAAAUCGCUGGAGACUCUGCACAGUAACUCAAGUAGAAGAAUUCAAGUCCUUCAUCAGAAUACUCCCUGUAUGGGCAUCAACAAUAGCUCUUUCCAUCUCAUUUGCCCAACUCUCAACCUUCUUUAUCAGCCAAGCCACCAUCAUGGACCGAAAGCUAGGUCCCAACUUCACGAUUCCAGCAGGUUCAGUCCCUGUCUUCAGCGCCAUCAACGCCCUCCUACUAGUCCCUAUCUACGAGAGAUGGAUGGUCCCAAUCCUACGCAAACGCACCGGUCAUCACCGUGGCAUUACAUCCUUACAACGAAUGGGUGUUGGCCUAUUUAUAUCAAUCUUCGCUUUGGCGUCAGCAGCUUUGGUAGAAAAGAAACGCCGUGACCAUCCUAAACCAUCGUCCAUGAGCGUGUUUUGGUUGCUCCCGCAGUUUUUCUUAAUAGGCAGUGCAGAGGUCUUCACUUAUGUGGGACAACUGGAAUUCUUUUACGAUGAAGCGACUGAUGGGACGAGAAGCAUAAGCAGUGCAAUGUUUCUCAGUGAGAUUGGAAUAGGGAGUUGGCUAAGCACUGCAUUUGUGAAAAUCAUUGAGCGUGCAACUGGUGGGGAUCAGAAAGGAUGGCUGAGAAAUGAUCUUAACAAAAGCAGGCUGGAUUAUUUCUACUGGAUAUUGACUGCAAUCAAUGCUGUUAAUUUCUUGGAUUACUUGUGGGUGGCUUGGCGAUACAAGGGAAAGAAUGGCCUCGGGGGGAGUGCCAGGGUCAAGACCAUGGCCGAGCCCGCUGGUGAUGACAGAGGGGAGUUUCAAAGCGUGGUGUUGUGAAAUCCAAGCAAGAAAAAUCAC